AAAUUAUAAGUUAUACUAUAAAAAAAGUAACAAACGCUUCGUGUACAUAAAUUAGUGUUCCUAAGAAAUGCUAAUUUGCGACAAUAUUUAAGGCAAUAUAUCAAAUAAAAUCCCGUUUGAUUUCAACUUACCCGGGCUUCCAUCUGCUGACGUGUCAAGUUCCCAUUAGCCAAGAUAUUAAGAAGGUCGAAACUUGACAAAAAAAUUCACGAAGUUCAAGACUCAACUUCCUUGCUUAUGCAGUUUAAAAACAUCUAAUCUAUCUCAUAACUCAAAAUAACACCACACUUUGCAUACCCAAUUCCUAGAGAGAGAAGAACAACACGCUCCUCCUUCCCCCUCAUUCUUCAGCAAUUCACAAAAUUAUUUCCAGGAAAAAGAAGAAUGCAAAAAGAGAGGAGAGAGACUGUAAUUAAAAUGGAGACAAAGAAGCAAUCUCAUUGUUGGUGGUUUGACAGUUACCACACUUCCAAAUGUUCUCCUUGGCUUGAAUCUACUGUUGCAGAGCUCAAUGAGAAGACCAACUCAAUGCUGAAGUUAAUAGAGGAAGAUGCAGAUUCAUUUGCACAACGCGCAGAGAUGUAUUACAAAAAAAGGCCAGAGCUUAUUAGCAUGGUGGAGGACUUUUACCGCGCUCACAGAUCACUAGCUGAACGAUUUGAUCUACUUAAGAGUGACCGUGCUGCUCGUGUCAGGUCCCCCUUGAGACACUCUUUCUCUCUGCCAAAGGAGGAGUAUGAGUAUGUUUUUGAUUCGAUUAAGUCGGUUAAAUCCUUUGAUAGCUUCACUGAGACAACAUACAGUUCUGAGGAGUGUGCCGAGUCUGAAGUAGAUGAUCCCGAUCAAGAAGAUGAACCUGAAAUUGAUCAAAAUGAACGAGAGAUAGAAAGCCAGUUUCGUGGUGGAGUUGCUAGUUAUGACGAAUUGAUGCAGCUGAAAUAUGAAUUGAGUGAACUGCGCGAAGUUAAUGAGAUGCAAAAGAACAUAAUUAAACAAAAAGAUGAUGAAAAAGAGGAGUUAGUGAAGCAAUUAUCAGAUAGUAUCAGAGAGAUGAGGGAAGAAAUGGUUGCAGUUAGGGAAACUACUGAACAUGUAUCAGUACCAUGUGAUGAGGUGACAAAGUCGAAGGAUGAGAUUGAUAAACUAAAAUUAGAGAACAUGUAUGAGAAGGAACAGAUCAAGAAGAAAGCGGAAGCACUUGCACUAAAAGAGGAAGAAAAAUGGGAAUAUGAGGAGAUGAAAAUUGAGUUAGCAAAGGUGAUAGAAGAAAAGGAUAGAGAGAAAAAAGAGGCGAUUAGGCAGCUAACUGAAGCACUUAGAGAAAAAGAAAAGGGGAAAAAUGAGGUGAUUAGGCAGCUAAAUGAUGCACUUAAAGAAAAAGAUAAGGAGAAAAAUGAGGCGAUUAGGCAGCUAAACGAUGCACUUAGAGAAAAAGAUAAGGCGAAAAAUGAGACAAUUAGGCAGUUGAAGGAUGCAUUUGUAGAAAAAGAUAUGGAGAAGAAAGAUGUGAUCAGGAAGUUGAAGGAUGUACUUGUGGAAAAAGAUGAAGAAAAACGUGAGGCAAUUAGGCAGCUAAGUAUAGCCAUGGAAAACCUAAGGGAGGAGAGUAAGCUUCUUAAGAAAUCAUUAGUAGAUUAUUCACCCAAGAAAAGCUUUGGACACUUUGAAAUUUUGAAGGGCGUUAAUUUGGCUAAAUUGUUCAAUUUAUCUUCUAACUGCCAAAGAAGUGUUGUGCCUCUGUAGAUCAAGUGAGCUGAUAUCCAUUGGACAUAUUAGUAACUUCUAGAACACAGUUUUGUUCCAGCAGGCAUAGGUGAGUAUGUGUGUUUAUAGGUUGUAUAAUUUGUCCUUGUAGAGUUGGUUUUUAUAUUAUAUGUUUUAUAAAUCUUGUUAGAUUGUAAAAUUGCAGCUUGUAUCGUAUAUUAAUGUGGAGUAAUUUUGUUUUCUGCGAUAUAUCCAAAAUCAAGUAAUUUACCAGUGUU